GUCGAACAAGACAAGAGACCGACACGAGGCCACCUACCAAACAGAUUCAGUAGGUCCCACAAUCCGAACCUCGGGGUGACGUGUCAGUCACCUUUUCCUUUUGUUACCCCUCUCAAUCAAAUCCCCAUCUCAGGUUCUUCGCUUCGCCCUCUCCAAAACCCUCACCUACUCAUUCACGUUCCAGAAAAUGAGCAUCAGAUUAGAGACAGCCGCGCUUGGAAACCCUAGCUCCAGCUUCACAAGAGGCGCUCCUGCUUCUAUGGCGCUGCGUCGUGCGCCGCCGGCCCCUCUAGGGUUUGGAGCUCCGUGCAGAGGUAAAAUCCGCUGCAGGUUGUCGGUGUCGGCGCUUCCGGCGGUCUUCGGAGUUGACCUGCGGCGAAGAAGUGUGCGGAAACGAUCUGUUCUCUCGUUGGCAGCCUCUCACGAGGAAUCGGCACCAAAUAUUGAUAUAGAGAAGGAAAAAGUGGAUCAGAAAGUUGGAGAUCAAGAAUCACAAGAAGCAUGGAAGGACGCACUUGCAUCCUUUAAACAAGAAGCCUUGAAAAUGCUGAGCUUAUCGAAGGACGCAUAUGAGUUGUAUUCUGAAAAGGCUCUCAUCAUUCUGAAAGAAACUUCUGAAAGUUUGAAAAUUCAAGCAGAAAAGGCUGGGCAGGAAUUGGCUGCGGAGGCAAAAGUAAAAGCUGAAGAGAGUAAAGAAUACUUGGCCACAGCUCCAGAACCAGUCAAGGAUGUUGUUGAUACCCUUGCUUCCUUACCAGAUGAGUCAAAGAAUGUGGGUAAUAUGCGGGAGUUCUAUGUUGGGAUACCUUAUGGUAUUCUUCUUUCUGUUGGGGGCUUUAUUUGGUUUAUGAUUACCGGAAGCAUUCCUGCAAUCAGAUUUGGUGUCAUACUUGGUGGUACUCUCUUGGCCUUGAGUUUAUCAAGUUUGAGAUUGUGGAAAAAGGGUGAAAUUUCACCCUUAAUGCUGACAGGACAGACAGCUAUUGUGACCAUCUUGCUUCUUAGAGAAAUGCGCUUGUUCUGCACGAGGUCACCGUGUAUUGGCACCAUUGUUUCAGUUCUUGUCAGUCUUGGUGUAUUUCUAUUCUACAGCUACAAGUUGUAUACAGAUGGAGGAUGGAGGUCAUCGUUUCCAAAUAUCUUCCCGGAAGAUUAAUUGUCAUGCUGAUGUAUGUCUCAUUCACUAUUAAUGUAUUUAACAGUGAAUGUUACUGUAGUCUCUCCAGAAAUGAGUUAAAUCUUGGACUUCUGCCACACUCAACUAGCGAUUGAGAUUUACCCUGAGAUUCGGGAGUUAUUAACUAUUACUCGUUGGGUAAAUUAUUGAAGUUGAAGUAUGUAAUGAAGUUCUCGUUUGAAUGAAUACAUCUGCUUUCCCGCUCACAUCAAAAGUCGGUUUUGAUUUAAUUAUUCUAGAGAGCUGUAAUCUUAAUUUCGAAAUACUUAUUUUAACAAACAGCUUUUUUUACAUUUCGAUUUGUUGAUUUUGUUAUGUAAUCUCUAUUCAGACCAUGCAAAAGUUGUUGCCUGUUUUGAGUGACAUUUCCUUUAUAUCUUACUCUAAAC